GGCGCUAGAACAGAGAAGCCGCCAACGCGUGCGCAGAGGAGGACUGCCGCGUUGAUGAAAUGGGUGACGUCAUAUAGCAGUUUACUGUGGAGCAGCUCUUGUACACCCUUCACUCAAAUUGGAACCACCAGCAUCUGAGGCGGUGGGGAAGAGAAGGGAUAAGCAGCGUUUGCUUUUUAAUUUUUUGUUUAUCCAACGGACCGUUUAGCACACUGUUGUCAGAGACGCUUAAAAGAUUGCCUUUUAUAUUUUUGUUUUAUUUUUUAUUUUUCUUCAUUGGAAUGGUUAGGUCACCCAAGUGACUAUAACAGAAUUUUAAAGGCAUUUUUAUUUUAUGGUAGCAUGCUGGGAAUGAACGCCCAACAACAUUCAUGACGGUGCCAUAGCACAACCCGUCGCCUUUCAAGGCUUCCAAAGCCUUUUAUCGAAAGAAAACAUUUAUGUUACUCAUACUCUUGCCUGAUUAGCUAACCUACCUCUGCUAGCCACUUGGAGUGGGUGCUGGAAGGCGCAAAGAAAGAAAUCUGAGCACGGUCCAUUUUUAGAGAUUCGGAUGAGGUGUUUGAAUCCAGAUUUUGAAUUGUAUCAUUUUAAUCAGCGCUCUCUGCAUAUCAACAAGUACUGGCAUAUUGCAUUUCAGAGAUGUGGGCAAUGAGAUUGCUUCUCCUUGGAUUUGUACUUAGUCUGGGGGUUAUCGCUCCUGCAAGAGCAAUUGAUGCCCCGAAGACCUGCAGCUCCAAGCAGUUUGUGUGCAAGGACCAGGUGACCUGCAUCUCCAAAGGAUGGCGCUGUGACGGGGAGAAGGACUGUCCAGAUGGCUCGGACGAGGCCCCAGAUAUCUGUCAUCACAGUCAUGUGUCACAGUGUCCUCCCAAUGAGUUUGACUGCAGGGGCACAGACGUGUGUAUCCACCUCAGCAAGCUGUGCGACGGGGUCCCAGACUGUUCCGACGGCCUUGACGAGGGGGCACACUGCCGAGAGCUCAGGCCCAACUGCACCACCCAUGGGUGCCAGUAUAAAUGUGCCAUCACCACGUCGGAGCCCAAAUGCUACUGUAAGAAUGGCUACGAGGUGGCAGAGGAUGGCAAGAUGUGCAAAGACUUUAAUGAGUGUGCAGUGUAUGGGACUUGUAGUCAGAACUGCACCAACCUGGACGGCUCCUACACCUGCAGCUGUGUGGAAGGCUAUCUGUCACAGCCAGACAAUCGCUCCUGCAAGGGCAAAAAUGAGCCGGUGGAGUGGCCGCCCCUGCUCCUCAUCGCCAACUCGCAGAGCAUCCAGGCCACGCACCUGAGCGGCCUCCAGCCCUUCUCCGUCCCCACCAAGCAGACCACGGCCAUGGACUUCGUCUUUGCCAACGAAACCGUCUGCUGGAUCCACAUGGGCGACGGCGCCGCCUCCACGCAGCUCAAGUGCGCCAAGAUCAACAACACCAAGAGCUUUACGGACAUCUACGUCGUCAACAUUUCCCUCAGUCUGCACCAUGUGGAGCAAAUGGCUAUUGACUGGCUAACGGGGAACUUUUACUUUGUGGACGACAUGGACGACCGCAUCUUCGUGUGCAGCAAAGACGGUUCCACCUGUGUCACCCUGCUGGACCAGGAGCUUUACAACCCCAAAGCCAUCGCCCUGGACCCGACCAUGGGCAAGGUGUUCUUCACCGACUACGGGCAGAUCCCUAAGGUGGAGCGCUGUGACAUGGACGGCCAGAUGAGGCCGCACACGAAACUGGUAGGACCACAAAGAAUCGUCUUCCCCCACGGCAUCACCCUGGACCUGGUCAGCCGCCUGGUGUACUGGGCCGACGCCUACCUGGACUACAUCGAGGUGGUGGACUAUGAGGGCAAGAACAGACACACCAUCAUUCAGGGCUUGCUGAUCGAGCACCUGUAUGGCCUGACUGUGUUUGAGAACUACCUGUAUGCCACCAACUCGGACAACGCCAACAUGCAGCCCAAGACCAGCGUCAUCCGCGUCAACCGCUUCAACCGGUCAGACUUCCAGGUGGUGACCCGGGUUGAUAAAGGAGGCGCCCUGCAUGUGUUCCACCAGAGACGCCAACCUACAGUGAGGAGUCACGCGUGUGCCCUUGAUCAGCACGGGAAGCCCGGCGGCUGCUCGGACAUGUGUCUGCUGGGGAACAGCCACAAGAUGCGCACCUGCCGCUGCCGCUCCGGCUUCAGCCUGGGCAGCGACAGCAAAUCCUGCAAGAAGCCCGACCACGAGCUGUUUCUGGUGUACGGGAAGGGCAGGCCAGGCAUCAUCCGUGGCAUGGACCUGAACGCCAAGGUGCCGGACGAGUACAUGAUCCCCAUUGAGAACCUGAUGAACCCACGGGCCCUGGACUUCCACGCCGAGUCCGAGUUCAUCUACUUCGCUGACGCCACCAACUACAUGAUCGGCCGUCAGAAGAUCGACGGCACAGAGAGAGACACUAUAAUUAAGCAAGGGAUCCACACGGUGGAGGGGAUCGCAGUGGACUGGAUGGGUAAGAACCUGUACUGGACAGACGACGGGCCCAAGAAGACCAUCAAUGUGGCGCGUCUGGAGAAGGCCUCUCAGACACGCAAGACCCUGAUUGAGGGUGGGAUGACUCACCCGCGAGCCAUUGUGGUGGACCCUCUGCAUGGCUGGAUGUACUGGACUGACUGGGAGGAGGAGCCGGCGGGGACCAACCGCGGCAGCAUCAAGAAGGCCUGGAUGGACGGCAAAAACGCCGGCGUCUUCCUCACCGGCAAGACGGUGCUGUGGCCCAACGGCCUCACGCUAGACAUCCCGGAAGGCAUCCUCUACUGGGUGGAUGCCUACUACGACCGCAUCGAGAUGGUCUUCCUCAACAACACAGAGCGCAAGACUGUGUAUGAUGGACCGGAGUUGACCCACGCCUUUGGCCUGAGCCACUACAAGAACUUCCUGUUCUGGAAUGAGUACCGAGGUGGAGGCAUCUACAAGGUAGAUCGGGACACCAAGAACGUUACCCUCUUGCGCAACGAGCGGCCGCCCAUCUAUGAGAUCCGCACUUAUGAUGCUCAACAGCAAACAGGUACCAACAAGUGUCGCGUGAACAAUGGCGGCUGUAGCAGCCUGUGUCUGGCCACUCCCGACGGCAAGACAUGUGGCUGUCCAGAUGACCAGAUCCUCGACUCCCAAAAUGUCACCUGCAAAGCCAACCCAUCCUACCAGCCGCCCCCUCAGUGUCAGCCCGGAGAGUUCGCCUGCAAGAACAACCGCUGUAUCCAGGAGCGCUGGAAGUGUGAUGGAGACAAUGACUGCCUGGACAACAGUGACGAGUCGCUGGACCUCUGCCAUCAGCACACCUGCCCUGCAGACCGCUUCAAGUGUGACAACAACCGCUGCAUCCCUCUGCGCUGGCUCUGCGAUGGAGACAACGACUGUGGCAAUGAUGAAGACGAGUCGAACACCACCUGCUCAGCUCGCACCUGCCCACCCAACCAGUUUGCCUGUGCCAGUGGGCGCUGCAUCCCCCAGUCUUGGACCUGUGACCUGGACGAUGACUGCGGCGAUCGCUCGGAUGAACCUGCCUCGUGUGCAUACCCUACCUGCUUCCCCCUCACCCAGUUCACCUGUAACAAUGGUCGCUGCAUCAACAUCAACUGGCGCUGUGACAAUGACAACGACUGUGGGGACAACAGUGAUGAGGCAGGCUGCACUCACUCCUGUUCGGGAGUGCAGUUUAAGUGCAACAGCGGCCGCUGCAUCCCAGAGUACUGGACUUGCGAUGGCGACAACGACUGCGCUGACCACAGUGACGAGACUCACGCCAACUGCACCAACCAAGCCACUCGGCCUCCUGGCGGCUGCCACACGGACGAGUUCCAGUGCCGCAUGGACGGCCUGUGCAUCCCCAUGCGCUGGCGCUGCGACGGGGACACCGACUGCAUGGACCUGAGCGACGAGAAGAACUGCGAGGGCGUCACGCACAUGUGUGACCCGGCCGUCAAGUUUGGCUGCAAAGACUCGGCUCGCUGCAUCAGUAAGGCUUGGGUAUGUGAUGGAGACAGUGAUUGCGAGGACAACUCGGAUGAGGAAAACUGUGAGCCGCUGGGCUGCACGGCGUCUCAUCACGUAGCGUGUGCCAACAAUGACACCAUCUGCCUGCCCCCUGAACAGCUGUGUGAUGGCCACGAUGACUGCCCUGAUGGCUCUGACGAGGAGCUCUGUGAUCUGUGUUUGAAAAGUGGGUGCAGUCACAACUGCAGCAUAGCUCCCGGGGAGGGCAUCAUGUGCCUGUGCCCGGUGGGCAUGGAGGUGGGCCCGGACAACAAGACGUGUCAGAUCCAGAGCUUCUGCGCCAAGCACCUCAAGUGCAGCCAGCGCUGCAUCCAGGACAAGUUCAGCGUCAAGUGUGCCUGCUACGAGGGCUGGGCCCUGGACACAGACAAGGAGAGCUGCUACAGCACAGACCCGUUCAAGCCCUUCAUCAUCUUCUCCAACCGGCACGAGAUCCGACGCAUCGACCUGCACAAGGGCGAGUUCAGCGUGCUGGUGCCGGGCCUGAGGAACACCAUCGCCUUGGACUUCCACUUCAACGAGAGCAUGCUGUACUGGACCGACGUGGUGGAGGACAAGAUCUACCGCGGCACGCUGACCGACAACGGCGCCCUCACCAGUUUUGAGGUGGUGAUCCAGUACGGCCUGGCGACACCUGAGGGUCUGGCCGUGGACUGGAUCGCUGGGAACAUCUACUGGGUGGAGAGUAACCUGGACCAGAUCGAGGUGGCCAAGCUGGACGGCACCAUGAGGACCACCCUACUCGCAGGGGAGGUGGAGCACCCCCGUGCCAUCGCCCUCGACCCCCGAGAAGGGAUUCUCUUCUGGACAGACUGGGAUGCUAGCUCCCCCAGGAUAGAGGCCGCCUCGAUGAGUGGCGUGGGCCGACGCACCAUCCACAGGGAGACAGGAAAUGGAGGAUGGCCCAAUGGACUCACGGUGGAUUACCUAGAGAGACGCAUCUUAUGGAUCGAUGCAAGGUCAGACGCCAUCUACUCAGCCUCCUACGACGGUUCCGGGCUGAUCGAGGUCCUCCGGGGACACGAGUACCUGUCGCACCCGUUCGCCGUCACCAUGUACGGGGGCGAGGUCUACUGGACCGACUGGCGCACCAACACGCUGGCCAAGGCCAACAAGUGGACUGGCCACGACGUGACUGUGGUCCAGCGCACCAACACGCAGCCCUUUGACCUGCAGGUGUACCACCCAUCCAGACAGCCUCAAGCUCCAAACCCAUGUGCUGCUAAUGGUGGCCGAGGGCCCUGCACUCACCUGUGCCUCAUCAACUACAACCAGACCUUCUCCUGCGCCUGCCCUCACCUCAUGAAGCUCCAACCGGACAAACAGACCUGCUUCGAGUCACGUCAGUUCCUGCUGUACGCCAGGCAGAUCGAGAUCAGAGGGGUGGACCUCGACAACCCGUAUUACAACUACAUCAUCUCCUUCACCGUGCCCGACAUCGAUAACGUCACGGUGGUGGACUACGACGCUAUGGAGCAGAGGAUCUACUGGUCGGACGUGCGCACCCAGACCAUCAAGAGAGCCUUCAUCAAUGGCACCGGUGUAGAAACGGUGGUUUCAGCCGACCUGCCCAAUGCCCAGGGCCUGGCAGUGGACUGGGUGUCCAGGAACCUGUUCUGGACGAGCUACGACGCCAACAAGAAGCAGAUCAAUGUGGCCCGGCUGGACGGCUCCUUCAAGAACGCCGUCAUCCAAGGCCUUGACAAGCCCCACUGUCUGGUGCUGCACCCCAUCCUAGGGAAACUAUACUGGACAGAUGGUAACACCAUCAACAUGGCCAACAUGGACGGCUCCAACAUGACCAUCCUCUUCUCCAAUCAGAAGGCGCCUGUUGGUCUGUCCAUUGACUUUGAUGAGGAGUGUCUGUACUGGGUCAGCUCCGGGAACAGCACCAUUAACCGCUGCAAGCUGGAUGGGUCCGAGCUGGAGGUACUGGAGGCUGCCAAGGGCAAGCUGACUAAAGCCACCGCACUGGCCAUCAUGGGUGAUAAGCUGUGGUGGGCUGAUCACGGCUCUGAUCAGGUGGGCACCUGCAACAAGAGCGACGGGGGAGACUGGAAGAUUCUGAGAAACAACACCUCCCCUAUGAUGCAUAUGAAGAUCUACAAUGAGACCGUGCAGAAAGGUGGUGUCAACCUGUGCAGUAACAACAAUGGCGGCUGCUCCCAGCUCUGUCUCCCCACGUCCAAAACCACCCGAGCCUGCAUGUGCACCGCUGGCUACAGCCUCAAGAGUGGGCAGCAGUCCUGUGAAGGCAUGGGUUCCUUCCUCCUGUAUUCGGUGCAUGAGGGCAUCAGGGGCAUCCCUCUGGACCCCUCCGAUAAAUCGGACGCGUUGGUGCCUGUGGCUGGCACCUCUCUGGCAGUGGGCAUCGACUUCCAUGCGGAGAAUGACACCAUCUACUGGGUGGACAUGGGUAUGAGCACCAUCAGCCGGGCCAAGCGAGACCAGACCUGGAGGGAAGAGGUGGUGACCAACGGCAUCGGCCGAGUGGAGGGCAUCACCGUGGACUGGAUCGCAGGCAACAUCUACUGGACAGACCAGGGCUUUGACGUUAUUGAGGUGGCUCGGCUCAACGGUUCCUUCCGUUAUGUGGUGAUCUCCCAGGGCCUGGAUAAGCCCCGCGCCAUCGCCGUGCACCCUGCCAAAGGUUAUCUGUUCUGGACAGAGUGGGGGCAGUACCCGCGUAUUGAGCGCUCCCGUCUGGACGGCUCAGAAAGGGCGGUGCUGGUGAAUGUCAGCAUCAGCUGGCCCAACGGUAUCUCCAUAGAUUACCCGGAUGGCAAGCUGUAUUGGUGUGACGCUCGUACAGACAAGAUUGAGCGCAUUGACCUUGAGACUGGUGAGAACCGUGAGAUGGUUCUCAGCACUAACAACAUGGACAUGUUUGCCGUCUCCGUGUUUGAGGACUACAUCUACUGGAGUGACAGAACCCAUGCCAAUGGCUCCAUCAAGAGGGGUCACAAAGACAACGCCACGGAGUCCAUGUACCUGAGGACUGGCAUCGGCGUCCAGCUGAAAGACAUCAAAGUCUUCAACCGUGCCAGGCAACAAGGAACCAAUGUGUGUCGGGACAAGAACGGCGGCUGCCAACAGCUGUGCCUGUUCCGCGGCGGCGACCAGCGCACGUGCGCGUGUGCCCACGGCAUGCUGGCGGAGGACGGGCGAAGCUGCCGCGACUACGAGGGCUACCUGCUCUACUCGGAGCGCACCAUCCUCAAGAGCAUCCACCUGUCGGACGAGACCAACCUCAACGCGCCCAUAAAGCCCUUCGAGGACCCCGAGCACAUGAAGAAUGUCAUCGCGCUGGCCUUCGACUACCGCGGGGGCGCCAGCGGCCAGGGAGGCCAGAGGCAGAACAACCGCAUCUUCUUCAGCGACAUCCACUUUGGCAACAUCCAGCAGAUCGACGACGACGGGACAGGCCGCAGGACACUUGUGGAGAACGUUGGCUCGGUCGAGGGUCUAGCGUAUCACCGCGCCUGGGACACGCUCUACUGGACCAGUUACACUACCUCAACCAUCGUCCGCCACACGGUGGACCAGGAACGGCCCGGGGCGUUCACGCGGGACACCGUGGUCACCAUGUCCAACGACGACCACCCGCGAGCGUUUGUGCUGGACGAGUGUCAGAAUUUGAUGUUCUGGACCAACUGGAAUGAGCAGUCGCCCAGUAUCAUGCGGUCAUCACUGGGGGGUGCUAACGUGCUGGUGAUCAUUGGCACGGACAUCCGCACCCCCAACGGCCUGGCCAUCGACCACCGCGCCGAGAAGCUGUACUUCAGCGAUGCCACACUGGACAAGAUCGAGCGCUGUGAAUAUGAUGGCAGCCACCGCAUUGUGGUGCUGAAGAACGAGCCGGUGCAUCCGUUCGGUCUGGCGGUGUAUGCGGACUACAUCUUCUGGACUGACUGGGUGCGGCGGGCGGUGCUGCGGGCAGACACAGACGGCAGGGACCUGAAGGUGCUGCGGGCAGACAUCCCUCAGCAGCCCAUGGGCAUCGUCGCCGUGGCCAACGACACCAACGGCUGUAAGUCUCUCUCACUCCACACACACACACACACACACACACACACACACCACUGUGUGUGUGUGUGUGUGUGUGUGUGUGUGUGUGUGGUUCUUGCCACAGUUACUAAGACGUGCAGUCCAGAGACGUUCCAGUGCCCGGGCUCGUACUUGUGUGUGCCGCAGCGCUGGAAGUGUGAUGGAGACCGUGACUGUCCUGACGGAGCUGACGAGAGCAUCAGGGCCGGCUGCACCUAUAACAACACGUGCGAUGAGAAUGAGUUCAUGUGCCAGGACAAGCAGUGCAUCCCCAAGCAGUUUGUGUGUGACCAUGACCUGGACUGCCACGAUGGCUCAGAUGAGUCUCCAGAGUGCGAGUACUCCACGUGUGGCCCCGACGAGUUCCGCUGUGCUAACGGCCGCUGCCUGAAGCAGAAGAGCUGGGAGUGUGACGGAGAGUUUGAUUGCCACGACAGGUCGGACGAGGCCCCUAAGAACCCCCACUGCACUGACACAGGAAAGAGCUGCAAUGACACAGCCUUCAUGUGCAACAACAAGAAGUGCGUGAACGAGACGCUGCUGUGCGACAACAAGGAUGACUGUGGCGACGGCUCAGACGAGCUCAAAUGCAACGUCAACGAAUGCUUCAUCUCCCGCCUCAGCGGAUGCUCCCAGCUCUGUGAAGACCUCAAGAUCGGCUUCAAGUGCCGCUGUCAGCCAGGCUUCCGGCUCAAGGACGACGGGAAGACAUGUGUGGACAUAGACGAGUGCACGACCAGCUACCCCUGCACCCAACGCUGCGUCAACACCCACGGCAGCUUCCACUGCCUGUGUGUGGAGGGCUUCCAGCUCAAGCCUGAAGACCCCACCAUCUGCAAAUCCACCUCAGACGAGGAGCCCUUCCUGAUCUUUGCCAACCGCUACUACCUGCGCAAGCUCAACCUGAACGGCUCCAACUACACGCUCAUCAAGCAGGGUCUGAACAACGCUGUAGCGUUGGACUUCCACUACGCUGAGAACAUGAUCUACUGGACAGACGUGACCACACAGGGCAGCAUGAUCCGCCGCAUGCCUAUCAACGACAGUGACAACGUGCAGGUGCUGCACCGGACCUCGUUGAGCAACCCUGACGGUCUGGCCGUGGACUGGGUCGGGGGAAACCUCUACUGGUGCGAUAAAGGGCGGGACACCAUUGAGGUGUCCAAGCUGAACGGCGCGUACCGCACAGUACUGGUCAACAAUGGCCUCAAGGAGCCCAGAGCCGUGGCCGUGGACGUUCGCAAUGGGUACCUGUACUGGUCAGACUGGGGUGACAACCCCCAUAUCGGCCGCAUCGGGAUGGACGCCACCAACCGCAGCGUCAUUGUCCAGGAUCGCAUCACCUGGCCCAACGGCCUCACGCUGGACUUCAUCAACGACCGCAUCUACUGGGCCGACGCCCGCGAGGACUACAUCGAGUUCGCCAGCCUGGACGGCACCAACCGACACAUUGUGCUGACCCAGGACAUCCCCCACAUCUUCGCCAUGACUCUGUUUGAGGAGUACAUCUACUGGACCGACUGGGAGACCAAGUCCAUCAACAGAGCGCACAAGACCCAGGGCACCAACAAGACCAUGCUGAUAAGCACUCUCCACCGGCCCAUGGACAUCCACAUAUAUCACCCCUACAGACAACCAGAGGUGAAGGGCCACCCGUGCCAGGUGGAGAAUGGCGGCUGCAGUAACCUGUGUCUCCUCUCCCCUGGAGGCGGCUACAAGUGCGCCUGCCCCACCAACUUCUACCUGUCCGCAGACGGACGCCAGUGCAUGUCCAACUGCACCGCCAGCCAGUUUGUGUGCAAGAACGACAAGUGCAUUCCUUUCUGGUGGAAGUGUGACACUGAGGAUGACUGUGGAGAUCGUUCAGAUGAGCCUGCUGACUGUCCUGCAUUUAAAUGCCGUCCGGGUCAGUUCCAGUGUGGCACAGGCAUCUGCACAAACCCCGCCUACAUCUGUGACGGGGACAAUGACUGCCAGGACAACUCAGACGAGGCCAACUGUGACAUCCACGUGUGUCUGCCGAGCCAGUUCAAGUGCUCCCAGCCCAGUCGCUGCAUCCCCGGUAUCUUCCGCUGCAACGGCCAGAGCAACUGUGCCAACGGGGAGGAUGAGAAAGACUGCCCUGAGGUGACGUGCGCUCCUAACCAGUUCCAGUGUGCCAUCACCAAGCGCUGCAUCCCGCGGGUCUGGGUGUGCGACCGCGACAACGACUGUGUGGACGGCUCAGACGAACCUGCCAACUGCACUCAAAUGACGUGUGGGGUGGAUGAGUUCCGCUGCAAGGACUCGGGCCGCUGCAUCCCAGCGCGCUGGAAGUGUGACGGAGAGGACGACUGCAGCGACGCAUCAGACGAGCCCAAAGAGGAGUGUGACGAGAGGACGUGUGAGCCCUACCAGUUCCGCUGCAAGAACAACCGCUGUGUCCCCGGCCGCUGGCAGUGCGACUACGACAACGACUGUGGAGACAACUCGGACGAAGAAAAGUGUGUGCCCCGGCAGUGCUCUGAGAGUGAGUUUUCCUGCACGAACGGCCGCUGCAUCGCUGGCAGGUGGAGGUGUGAUGGAGAUCAUGACUGCGCAGACGGCUCAGAUGAGGUUGGCUGUGAACCGAAAUGCGACAGCGACCAGUUCCAGUGCAAGAACGGCCACUGCAUCCCCCUGCGCUGGCGCUGUGACAUGGAUGCAGACUGCAUGGACAGCAGUGACGAGGAGAAGUGCAACAGCACCAUGGCGAGACAGUGCCCCCUGGAUGAGUUCCAGUGUAAUAACACCCUCUGCAAGCCUCUGGCCUGGAAGUGUGACGGUGAGGACGACUGCGGGGACAACUCCGACGAGAACCCCGAGGAGUGCAGAAACUUCCAGUGCCCACCUACCAGAAGCUUCCGCUGCCACAACGACCGAGUGUGCAUGAGACUCAGCAAGCGCUGUGACGGAGUGGACAACUGCGGAGACAACUCGGACGAGUUAAACUGCAGCAAUAAGAAAGGGUCGUCCUGUGACAAGCACAUGUUCCGCUGUAGCGACGGCAAGUGCAUCAGCUCAAACCUGCGCUGCAACUUCUUCAAUGACUGUGAGGACUACGGCUCGGACGAGGUCAACUGCACAAAGGAGAAAGACACUGUGGUUAAUGACUGUAAGAGCAACACGACGCGGUGUGGGGAUGGAGACGAGGCCCACUGCGUGACCAAUGGCACCGACUCCUUCUGCUCCUGCAAACCCGGUUUCCACACAGUGGCACCCAACAUCUGCAACGACACAAAUGAAUGCUUGCGGUUUGGAGCGUGCUCGCAGAUCUGUAACAACACCAAGGGCUCUCACAAGUGCAGCUGCUAUAAACACUUCAUCAAGAGCAACGACACAUGCAAGGUUGAUGGCCCCAUCGACCAGGUCCUCUACAUCGCCGACGACAACGAGAUCCGCAGCCUGGACCCGGGCGUGCCCAACUGGGUGUACGAGCAGACCUUCCAGGGCGACGCCAACGUGCGCAUCGAGUCCAUGGACGUGCACAUCAAGACCAACCGCAUCUUCUGGACCAACUGGCACACGAGCAGCAUCUCCUCCUACGAGCUGCCUUCCUCCACCUCCGGGCCCUCGUCCAACUCCCACCGCCACCGACGCGAGGGCACCGUCUCCAACCUGCAGAUCGCAGACCUGAAAAUGCCACGGGGUAUUGCAGUAGACUGGGUGGCCGGCAACCUCUACUGGACCGACUCGGGUCGGGACGUGAUCGAGGUGGCCCAGAUCUCCGGCCAGCACCGCAAGACCCUCAUCUCGGGCAUGAUCGAUGAGCCCUACGCCAUCGUGGUGGACCCCCAGAGAGGGAGAAUGUACUGGACUGACUGGGGCAAUCACCCCAAGAUUGAGACGGCAGCUAUGGACGGGACGCUGAGACAGACCCUGGUCCAGGAGAAUAUCCAGUGGCCAACAGGCCUGGCGGUGGAUUACUUCAAUGAGCGACUCUACUGGGCUGAUGCCAAGCUCUCGGUCAUCGGCAGUGUCCGACUAGAUGGAUCAGACCCCGUUGUCGCCGUCUCUCGCAUCAAAAACAAUCUGCUGCACCCGUUCAGCAUUGACGUGUUUGAGGACCACAUCUACGGCGUGACCUACAUCAACAACUUUGUCUUCCGAGUGAACAAGUUUGGCAAGGGCACCAUGGAGAACCUGACCACAGGCAUCAACCACGCCACUGACAUCGUCCUCUUCCACCGCUACAAACAGCCUGAGAUACCCAACCCGUGUGACAGGAAGAAGUGUGAGUGGCUGUGUCUUCUCAGCUCCACUGGUCCGGUGUGCACCUGUCCCAACAACCACGUCCAGGACAAUGGCACCUGUGUGGAGGUCCCUCCGCCAACUCCACUGCCAAGCCCCGGCACCUGUAACCUGCAGUGCCUGAAUGGAGGCAGCUGCUUCCUGAACGCCCACAACCAGCCCAAGUGCCGCUGCCAGACCAGCUACAGUGGCGAGCGCUGUGAGGUCAACCAGUGCAGGGACUACUGCAAGAAUGGAGGCACUUGCUCACCCUCUCCCUCAGGUGCUCCUACCUGUCGUUGUCUGAUGGGCUUCACGGGCCCUAACUGUAACCUGCAGACGUGUAAGGACUACUGCCAAAACCAGGGCAACUGCACCGUCAACCAGGGCAACCAGCCCAUCUGCCGAUGCCCCCCAGAGUUCCUGGGCGACAUGUGCCAGUACAGUAAAUGUGAAGGCUUCUGUGAAAACGGUGGCACGUGCAUGCAGUCGGCCAACGGGACGCGGCAGUGCCGCUGCCCACCCACGUUCCACGGGCAGCGCUGUGAGCUGGACCGCUGCCAGUACUGCGGCGCUGGAGAGUGCAUCACCGCAGCCUCAGGAGAGCCGGCCUGCAGGUGUUCCGGCGGGGUCGUCCAGCCCAGCUGCUUUAGCUGUGAGGAGUUCUGCAGCAAUGGCCAGUGCUCCGUCGACACACGCACACUGCUUCCUCAGUGCAGGUGUCAGGAGGGAUGGGGUGGCUUCCGUUGUCUGACGGUGUCUCCUGUGGAAGGCCCCGACAGCCAAACCAGCACUUCUUCUAUUGUCAUCCCAGUUCUCCUGCUGCUCCUACUGGCGCUGCUGGUGGUUGGCGCCAUCUUGUGGUACAAGAAGAGAAUGCGAGGUGCCAAGGGGUUCCAGCACCAGAGGAUGACCAAUGGGGCGAUGAAUGUAGAGAUCGGGAACCCAGCCUACAAGAUCUACGAGGGAGAUCCAGAUGAUGAUGCAGGGGAGCUUCUGGAUUCUGAGUUCUCACUGGAUCCAGAUAAGCCCACCAACUUCACCAAUCCAGUGUACGCCACGCUCUACAUGGGCGCCCACAACAGCCGCAACUCGCUGGCCAGCACCGACGAGAAGAAAGAGCUGCUCUCCACGACGGACGACGACAUGGGAGACCCAUUAGCGUAGAGGCUAAUUGCUAACAGCCGCGGCGCUGCUCCGCAAACAAACCUCCUUCCCACCCCCCCACCCCCCAACCCCCACCCACUUCGUUUAUUGCCUUUUACAAAACAGGAAAAGAAGCAGCAACCACAGUAACAAUGAGAGAACACUGUACAAAAUGUAUAAAAAAGGAGGAAAAAAGAGAAAGGAAAAAAAGAGAUGAAGGACUACUUUUGUAUGUGAUUGCAGUAUUAUAUUUUAUUCUAUGAGGAAAUUCUUCUGGCGAACAGAAAGAAAACUGAACAUUUUCUAUACUUUUUUUAUUUUUUACUUUUUUUUUUUUUGCUCACCAACUUGCUAUUCAACCUAACUUCUGCCAAUUCCCAACAUCCCCUUCAUGUAGCCACUACCUCUGUGCAAAUAUAAAAUAUGAACAACGACAACAGCAUUGGAAUUACUUUCUUUUUAUUUCUUUUCAACUUUAUUUUUGUAUGAAUUGUAUAAACGCCAUUGUUCCAUUUCGAAAAAGAAAAUUGCCAAGUGUUUUGUGAACAAAUGUAAGUGGGAUGGGGCGAGCCACAGGCGCGUAGAAACUGGCCCAGAGUCAGUCUGAUCCCCCCCCCCCCGGAAUGCUUUCAAUGCUGCUGAAUGUUUAGAUGCAGAGGUAGGAUGUGUCUGUGUGAAAGUGUGUGUGAGGGGAGGGGGGGCAAAAUGAGUGAGAGGCAGUGGGCCGGCAUCUUUACUUCCAUACUCAUAGCUCAGAGAAUUUGGUUUAAAGUGAUUGUUUUUUUUCUUCUUGCACAGAUUUGAAUUUAUAUGUAUAUUUACAUAUAUAUAUAUAUAUAUAUAUAUAUAUAUAAACCUAGUGUCUUGAAAAUACAACUAGGGAUUCAAAAAUCCAUAAAAAAUAGCAGUAUGUAUUGGUUUUGCUUUAAUACUCUCUUCAAAGUUAUUUUAGAGAUAAACAAAUGAAUGGAUACUGUUAGGACUGAAUGGAUAGAUGGACUCAUGAAUGGCGCUAGUUGGGUGAAGAUGAGAACAUUCCAGGGUUGUUUGUUCGUUUGCUUGUUUUAUCUGUGGCCUUGGUUUUCGGAAUGUUGAAUGUUUUUAGGACCGCUUGGAUCGACUGGGACUCUCCUAGUAGCAUUUGAGGGAAAUGCUGAGAUGAUUGACAGAAGGCACAAAACAAAGGAAAGUGAUUGUCAAGCUUUUGCCUCUCUCAGGCGCUCUCAAUGUGUGUUCAGGUUAAGGCUGGGAAGCUCUCCCUUGUCACUUCGACUAGGAAUUGUCUCAUCGUAUUGAAUUUCCAUUACAUUUGUAAGUGUACCCCAUGGAGGCAUGGGGUUGUACUGAGAGAGCAAAGCUGUCGCAUUAAUAAACAAAAUUAAAGCUGUGUUUUUUUUUUUUUUAGUUUUUUUUUCUACUUGGGUACAAAGUUAACAGGUGACCGUCUUUGUCAGCCAGUGCUACCUAGGAGGCUUUAUGUUUGAUGCUGACGUACCUGUGCGAGUCCAGCCCUCCUUCUCUUGAUUAGCAUUCCCACUAGCACACAUAUUAAUGCUACGCCUUGCUGCUAACAGCACCAUUUGUCUGCCUGAUCCAUUGACAAGCUCAGCCGACAGCUUGUUACUGGGCUGCUGCUUCUAAUGGAUGUGACUAGCCAUAACUGCCAUAUGUUAAUGCAUGUAACACGAAAAAAAGAAGAAAAAAAAAACAAUACAGACAAAAUGUACAUGUAAAUCCCUCCCGCUUUUAUUGGACACGUUUUUAACAGUAUUCACAUGUCUGUAUCAAUGUCCUCAUUUCUGUGACGUUGCUCUGUUCAUUUUUUUUUGGUUGUUUUGUUAUGGGUUUUUUUUUUUUUGAUCAGAUGAAUUAGUACAAUCAUUUUACUUUCUCAAAGGUUAAAAUAAGACACUUUUACAAAAACCUCAA